AUGAAGACAAGCCUUUAUUCCAAAGUCGUUAUCGAGUAUUCGUUUUUCAUGACAGGUGUUUUUUUGUUUGUUUUUUUUCUCUCUCUCUUUUUCUCCGGACACUAUCUCUCCUCUAUCUCCCUCAUCACAUUCUCUAUAUUUUUAACUCUCUCUACACACUCUCCCACUCCUCUACACUCUCAUUCUCACAUCUACACUUUCUCCCCUGCAUACUCUCUCUCCCUUAUUGACUCUCUCCACGUUCGCUCGCUGUCACUCAUUCUCUCUCCACGUUCGCUCGCUGUCACUCACUCUCUGUACAUGCACUCACGCUGUCACCACUUUCUCCACGUUCGCUCUCUGCUGUCACUCACCUCUGUACAUGCACUCACGCUGUCACUCAUCUGUACAUGCACUCUCGCUGUCACCACUCCUCUGUACAUGCACUCACGCUGUCACUCACUCUCUCUCCACGUUCGCUCGCCGUCACUCCUCUGUUCAUGCACUCACGCUGUCACUCACUUCUCUCCACGUUCGCUCCUGUCUCUCCUCUGUACAUGCACUCACGCUGUCACUCACUCUCUCUCCACGUUCGCUCGCUGUCACUCACUCUCUGUACAUGCACUCACGCUGUCACUCACUCUCUCUCCACGUUCGCUCGCUGUCACUCACUCUCUGUACAUGCACUCACGCUGA